CACCAUUCGUUUCCACAGAGCAGUGUGCCUCGGAAUUUGUUUGGAUCUCGGCACCUUUCCCAAGUGGCAGUGGCCUGCACGAGUAUCUCCUCUCCUUAGAGUGGGAAAGGAAACAUGGAGUAUCUCCUUUUGAGUUUUGAUAUGAGUGUAAUGCAGAUGGGAACUGGUCUAACCUGUAGUGCCCAUUCAUUUAAAUGACCAAACAAAAGCCUAAACUGGUGCAUUUCUAGGCCCUUCUGAGUGCACAUUCCUAGUUUCCUACAAUUUUUUUGGGAAAUGGCUCAAUCUAUGUGAAAUAUGAUGAGAAAUUCUAACAUGCGAGGCUAGAUCCCUUGGAAACAAUUUUUGUGUGCUGUUAGAGCAAACAUCUUCCCAGGACAAUAAUGUUAUUUGUAUUUUUUUUACGUGUAUGUUGCUUGUAUUCUUAAAGAAUUGCGCUGCAUUGCCACUCCUGUAUACCCCCUCCAUUCCUAAAUAUAAGUUUUUUUAGAGGUUUCAUUAGGAUACUACAUACGGAUGUAUAUAGACAUACUUUAGAGUGAGAUUCACUCAUUUCGCUCCGUAUGUGGCCCCCUAGUGAAAUAUCUAAAACUACUUAUAUUUAGGAACGGAGGGAGUAGUUGCCAUGUUUGUUCUCAUCCAUUUCCGGCACUUUAGACAGGCAAUGGUUAGGUUCUAGAGAAAAUAACCGGAGAUAGAUAAUUUGUGAGUGUCCAUACUACUAGCUGUUACAUUUUCUUUAUGUGUAAAUCCAGCAUUCCAAAUAGGCUGAUGUCAUCCUGAAGAUGGUAGUUUGGUCCCAAGUACUACAAGGGCGAGGAGAAACCGACUUAGCAUAUCCGCAAAAGAGAAAUGCUACAUGUACGGACGUUUACUUAAGUUUACAGGCUGAUUCUUGAGUUGGCAUAUUCUAAUUGGAUUAAGGGUGAGAGUUGGGCCCCACCCGGAUGAAAAUCAGGAAGGGAUGAGGAAAAGUUAUGGAAGGGUCCGUAGCCAUCCUGUAACAGUCCGUAUGUAUAGCAUCACCCUCCGCAAAAUCACAAAAUAGAAACACACUCAUGAAUUUCACCUGUAAAUUCACACCCACCUGGAAAACAGGAUCAUAAGACCCAUUUUAAGAAAGUAUCACAUACAGCAUCGAAACUCCAGUUAUAUUUGUUAAAAAAAAGGAGGAACCAGUACUUCCAACCAAGUCAAAAUUUUAUACUCCCUCCCUUCCUAAAUAUAAGGCCUUUUAGAGAUUUUACUAUAGACUAGAUACUGAGUGAAUCUACAUCUUAAAGUAAGACUACGUACAUCCGUAUAUGGUUUAUAUUUAGGAACGGAGGGAGUAUAUUCUAUGUAAAGAGUCAUGAAGUGAAGCAUUUUAUGUGAUAAAGAGUCAUGAAGUGAAGCAUUUUAUGUGAUUUCUGCGAUGUUAUUUCGUGGAAUGUGGGCGAGCAUUUUCACAAGGAAUAUACAGUUGUAAAUGCUUGACGAGUGUCUGAAGCCUUGAGAGGAGGUAGUAAAAGAAAGCUGUUCGAAAUGAUCGCUGCCCGUUGUCGAACCGAGACCAGGAUGGAGCAAAGCAGUAAAAAAAGAAAGAAGCGGUAAAAAGAAGCGUUGCAAAGAAAGAAAGGGGGAAAAAGCCUGGGCGUAUUUUCACCGACGCCGUGGUGUGUUGCUGAUACUACUGAUAGUCUGCUGGGGAAUCCGUAUGGGCCGUAUCGGAGUCCAAGAUGCGCAACGCCGGCUUUAAUCAGGCUCCAAUUACCGAGGAAAAUCCGCUUUCUCGCCGGGUCUCCUGCGUUUCUCGCGCACACACACACAACCCGACCCGUUACGUGUGCGUUUUACCAAGUACCAAAGGAAGACGAACCCGCCUCUCUGCCUCCCCGUCUCCAAUCUCGAGGAAAAUUCUCUGGCCCUGAUCAGGUACUGCUGCUACUGCUUUGCUCUUUGGAACAGCGUCUUGUUCUCUGCUUUGCUUUCAGAAAAAACGGCCGUCAAAUAACCGAAGCAGCACUAAAAUUGCACGCGCGCACGCAGCUAUCCCUCGCGACCUCAAAGAACGCCAAAGAGAUAGAGAUUAUGGGGCCACUGAAGGAACGGGAUUUCGUUUAGUUUAGUUUUGUUGUUUCCUAGAGGAGCUUUGAGUGUUUCCACGGAGGAGAUCGGGGGUGCGCAAGAGGGCCGAGCGAAUUCACGCGAAUCCGCGAGGAAUAUCCGCGGGCGAUCUCAGGGAUCGAGGGCUCACGCCCUGAGCCAGGGGGAAUGUCUCUUGAGUAGAGCGCUGGCGGAAAAUAUUGAAAGGAGAGAGCAGGAAAAAAAGAUAAAGGGAAAGGGAUUCCUUUAGCCACUGCCGCUGAUUUUCCAGUUGUUUUCUCUUUGCUUCUCCCUGUGCGUGGCGCGCGCGACAAAGGAAAAAGAUGCAGCUUGUAUUCUACCGAUAGAAAAAACAAGCAAAGAAGAAGGUAAAGCCUCGAAUCUGCUAAAGCAUGUGCGGAAAGCUUCCGGCCAGUUGCGUAAACUAGCAGUAGUACGUGGUCCGUUGUUGUUGUCUGUGUUUAGAGCUAAAUUAAACUACGGUACUGAUUCUAACUGGGAAUGUAGCGAUCAGUUGGUGGUGGUGGUGCUAAUAAUCCUCACUAGCUCCGAAUAUGGGUCCUGGAUUUUAAUAACGGAGGUGAAAUCUACGUGAAAUCCCUGCAUUCCGAAUGGUUUACUUGCUUUUUUUUGUUUUCAGGGAGGAUGGUCGUUUGCUUACUGUUGUUGGUGGAGGAUACGAAAAGUGCGGAAUCGGUUUUUGAUGGGCCAGCAAGUGUUUUUUUUUUUUUUUUAAUCUGUUCUGCAAAAUCGCUGCCUUGUAGUAAAGGCAAAUGAUUUACUCCCGCCAAAAAAAAGAAGGAAAAAAGGCAAAUGAUUUACCGGUGUUGCAGGUUGGGGAUACGAUUUUUUUGUUUUUGAAACUGUGGGGGAUACGAAACGAAGGAUCCCUUGCCGAAAACUAUGCCGGACGGCCGGGAAUGGGUUGGACGAGGCCGCACGGAACUUUCCUUUUCGAAAUUUAAUAGCACGCGCGCGCGGUUGGUUCGAUCGAGCAGCAAGCUAGUUUUUUUUUUCUUGCUUGCUUCUUUAAAGAAGAAGCGACACAGCUCGUCGACCAAAAAAGCACGGCCCUCCUUGUGCUUGCCGAUGCCCCGCCACUAGCCACACCAGGUCAAGCUACGCGAUCGACCGGCACCGGCGCUCCGGCCAUGGCUAAGGACUCUCGCUCCCUCCCACCUUCCCCAUGCUAGCCACAUGCCCCCUCCCCAGCCUUCUUCCUCACUCCACUCCACUCCACUCCAUCCACGUACGAUCGACUACUCUUCUAUCAACGUUGCGGGGUAGGGAGAGGGACAGGUGGGUAGCUAGGCACGUACGUACGUGCGUGUAGCCAGGCAGGUAGGUGCCGAUGGUGACGGCGAGGGAGGCGAGGGAGGCGGCGGCGGCGGCCAUGGACGCGAGCAAGUACGUGCGGUACACGCCGGAGCAGGUGGAGGCGCUGGAGCGGCUCUACUACGAGUGCCCCAAGCCCAGCUCGCUGCGCCGGCAGCAGCUGGUCCGGGAGUGCGCCGUGCUGGCCAGCGUCGACCCCAAGCAGAUCAAGGUCUGGUUCCAGAACCGCCGCUGCCGCGAGAAGCAGCGCAAGGAGUCGGGCCGCCUGCAGUCGCUCAACCGCAAGCUCGCCGCCAUGAACAAGCUGCUCAUGGAGGAGAACGACCGCCUCCAGAAGCAGGUCUCCCACCUCGUCUACGAGAACGGAUACUACCGCCAGCAGACGCACAGCGCGGGGCUGGCCACCACCGACACGAGCUGCGAGUCGGUCGUCACCAGCGGCCAGCAGAACGUCGUCGCCGUGCCGCCGCCGCCGCCCCGCGACGCCAGCCCUGCUGGAUUGAUGUCCAUCGCGGAGGAGACACUAACGGAGUUUCUGUCCAAGGCCACCGGAACCGCCGUCGAGUGGGUCCAAAUGCCUGGGAUGAAGCCUGGUCCGGAUUCCAUUGGAAUCAUCGCCAUCUCGCACGGCUGCGCGGGCGUUGCCGCGCGAGCUUGCGGCCUCGUAGGCAUGGAGCCUGCCAAAGUUGCCGACAUCCUCAAGGAUCGGCCACUGUGGCUGCGUGAUUGCCGGUCUAUGGAGAUAGUGAAUGUACUGCCUGCUGGAAGCAAUGGUACCAUCGAGCUGCUCUACAUGCAGCUCUAUGCUCCAACGACAUUAGCGCCUGCUCGUGACUUCUGGUUGAUGCGCUACACCUCCAUUCUCGAUGAUGGAAGCCUAGUGGUAUGUGAGAGAUCACUCAGUAGCAAGCAAGGAGGCCCAAGUAUGCCUCUUGUGCAGCCUUUCGUUAGAGGUGAGAUGCUUCCCAGUGGGUUCUUGAUUCGGCCUAGUGAUGGUGGAGGUAGCGUGAUUCACAUCGUUGACCAUUUGGACCUGGAGCCUUGGAGUGUGCCUGAAGUUGUGAGGCCACUAUAUGAAUCUUCUGCCAUGGUGGCCCAGAAGAUGUCGAUGGCGGCCUUGCGCUAUCUCAGGCAAGUUGCUCAUGAAGAUACUCAUUCUGUAAUCACUGGAUGGGGCAGACAGCCUGCAGCCCUGCGAGCUCUGAGCCAAAAGCUCACCAGAGGUUUCAAUGAAACUCUCGGUGGGCUUGCUGAUGAUGGAUGGUCCGUGAUUGAGAGCGAUGGUGUCGAUGAUGUUUGUAUCUCUGUUAAUUCAUCCCCAAGUAAAUUGAUGAGUUGCAACGCAACAUUCAGUGAUGGACUACCCAUGGUUAGUACUGGUGUUCUUUGUGCAAAGGCGUCGAUGCUAUUGCAGGAUGUAUCUCCGCCAUCACUCCUGCGGUUUUUGCGGGAGCAUCGGUCACAGUGGGCUGAUAGCAGUUUAGAUGCAUUCUUUGCUUCUGCGCUGAAACCCAAUUUCUGCAAUUUACCUGUGUCUCGUCUUGGAGGAUUUAGCGGCCAGGUUAUACUUCCUUUGGCACACACGUUUGACCCUGAAGAAUUCUUGGAAGUUAUCAAGAUAGGAAAUGCCAGUAACUAUCAAGAUACACUCAUGCAUCGCGAUCUUUUUCUCUUGCAGAUGUACAACGGGGUUGACGAGAACACCAUAGGCACUUGUUCAGAGCUUAUCUUUGCACCCAUAGACGCAUCUUUCAGUGACGAUUCACCGCUGCUGCCUUCUGGUUUCCGCAUCAUUCCGAUUGAGUCCCCUCUUGACACGUCUAGCCCGAACUGCACGUUGGACCUCGCGUCCACCCUCGAGGUUGGAACACCCGGAAGCAGGAUAACCGGUCACUCCAGGAGCGGCUCGAAGGCUGUGAUGACGAUCGCGUUUCAGUUUGCCUUCGAGAGCCACCUGCAGGACAGCGUGGCGGUCAUGGCGCGGCAGUACAUGCGCAGCAUCAUCUCGUCGGUGCAGCGGAUAGCGCUGGCGCUGUCGUCCUCGCACCUCGUGCCGCAUGGAAGCUCUCGUCUCGCCCCCCCUGUUACCCCGGAGGCGGCCACGCUCUCCCGAUGGAUUGUCCAGAGCUACAGGUUUCACUUUGGGGCCGAGCUCAUCAAACCUGCAGACGCUAGCAGCGGCGAGUCAGCGCUCAAAGCCCUCUGGCACCACACCAGCGCCAUACUAUGCUGCUCUCUCAAGGCGAUGCCGGAGUUGACGUUCGCGAACCAGUCGGGGCUGGACAUGCUGGAGACGACGCUGGCGGCGCUCCGGGAGAUCACCAUGGACAAGGUGCUGGAGUACGAGCAGGGGGGGAAGGGCCUCCUGUGCGCGGACCUGAUGGCCAGCGUCGCGGAGCAGGGGUUCGCGUGCGUCGAGGGCGGGACGUGCGCGUCGAGCAUGGGCCGGCCGGCGUCGUACGGGAAGGCGGUGGCGUGGAAGGUGCUCGACGACGGCGGCGCCGGCGCCGCCCACUGCGUGUGCUUCGCGUUCAUCGACUGGUCCUUCGUUUAGGCGAGGGACCGAUCGUUGUUGUUGUAGUCGCCGUUUGUUGCCAGGUCUCGGGCGUUGGUGAUGGGCGCGGUGCAAUGCUUGGACGAUGAUGGUGGUGUUUUGUACGGCUUGAUGGUGUGUGCCGAGAAUCGUGAUGCUGUUUGAUUGCUUUGUAGUACCCUCA